AAUAAUAACAAUUAUAAGAUGCAAAUAACUAUUUGAGCUCUCGCUUCGAUUCCAAUAAACGUUAACAAUGUAAUUACAAGGAUAAUGCCCUUCUCGCAUAGUUAUACGCAAAAAUAAUCGAUGUAGAGUUUACGGUUAGCGUGUUAGCUUCAGUGAUUAGCAAGCAACUAAAGCUACUUUCCCCACACUGCCUUUUAGCCAUUAUCACUCAUUAUCGAUAGUGUUUGUUCACAUCAGAAACACUGAUAACUUCCCACAGUCAAGAUGAGUCUGAGAAAACAAACCCCGAGUGACUUCCUCAAGCAGAUCAUUGGGAGACCUGUGGUGGUCAAACUGAACUCUGGAGUCGAUUACAGAGGUGUCCUGGCCUGCCUGGAUGGUUACAUGAACAUUGCCAUAGAGCAGACUGAGGAGUACGUCAACGGCCAGCUCAAGAACAAGUAUGGAGAUGCUUUUUUAAGAGGAAACAAUGUCCUCUACAUCAGCACCCAGAAGAGGAAAGUGUAAUGAAGACCACUAUUUUUUUUUUUUUUUUUUCAUUUUAAUUUUCCAGUGUUUGAUGUGUCAGUGGACAACUGUCCCAUGUUUUUAGUUCUGUAAAGCCUGACAUCCUGAUACAUGUUUGUUUGUUUUUGUAAAAGUGGACUAAGUAAAUAAAUCCUGAGUUUUGAUUUAUGUCUGAUUUAGUGAAUAUUAUUUACACACGUUGGUGUCAAAAAUACAGUUUCUUAUUCUGUUCUCAGUUGUUCUUCAUAAAAACGUAAAUGUAGGGUUUGAAGUGACUGUAUCAUUUCAACAGGCAGGCCUCAUUUUCAAAGAAGUAGUUCAUAUUGUUAUAUCUUGUGAUUUAAUUCUUGAAUAUAUCAGGCCUCUCUACUGCCUGUGGGACUGUAGCAGUGGAAUAAAAAAUGGGUGUUUUUUUGGCUAAAUCAUUCACUCAAAGUUUAUCCCCGGAGCAAGCAAGGAGCAAGCAAAUCUGCCACUGAUUUACCACGAGGCUUCAAAAGGAUUAGAACAUAAUUUUGUAAUUUGUCACUAGUAAUGUGCUAAUUUUGUAAUUGAUCUUGAUACGACUUGCCUGCAGAAACCCAUUACUGAAUGGCCUGUGUACAAAUGUUCUCAUCGUCCUGCAUUUACUUUAUAUUACAAGUAAUAUGAUGAACAGCUGUUUUGUAUAACUCAAAAUAAAACUGCUCAAGUAUGUUUUUA